AGAAGAAAAAAAAAAAGAGAAGAAACUGUGGUAUGGUACCUAGCUCAAUUCCUCACUCCUCCCCCGCAUCUCACCUCCCGAUAAGACACGCGCAGGCAAGCUCCUCCUCCUCCUCCUCUCCUCGCCGACGACUCCGCCCGACCUCCAGCUCCAGCUCCAAUCGCCCGAACUGAUCGCGUGGAGUCGAGGAGAGGACCACCGGAGAGCUGCCGCCGCCGCCGCCGCGAAGGAGGAGAGGAGCUGGAGAGGCGAGCCUUAUCUACCCGCGCCGGAGCCAUGGACUCGGAGCACUGGAUCUCGCGCCUGGCCGCCGCCAAGCGGUUCUACGCCGCGCAGCUCGGGCACGCCGAUCGGGCGGGGAUGGAGGAGAUGGACAUGGACGAGGAGGUGAGGCCGGAGUUCGCGUGCCCCUACUGCUACGAGGACCACGAUGUCGUCUCCCUCUGCGCGCACCUGGAGGAGGAGCACCCCUUCGAGCCCCAUGCGGCGCCUUGCCCUAUCUGCUCUGAUAAGAUUGCAAAAGAUAUGCUUAAUCAUAUCACUGUGCAACAUGGAUACUUGUUCAAGAAUCGUCGUAGGUUGCGCAGAUUUGUUAUUCCAGGCAGCCAAGCCCUAUCUUUGCUGAGUCGAGAUUUACGUGAAGCUCAUUUGCAAGUGCUUCUGGGAGGUGGGGGACAUAGGUCAAGCAGCAGCAACACAACAAAUAUUUCAGCUGAUCCUCUUCUGUCAUCAUUCGGCCUUAGCUUUGCAACAUCAGAUGUGGAGGAAACAUCGAAACCACCUAGUUCUAUUCCAGAUGAUGCAUCCAUGGUAAAAGAGACACCUGCUCAGCAUUGGGUUUCAAGAGUUGACUCAUCCCUCACAAGUGAAGAAAGGGAACAGAAAAGGAAACAAGCCAGCGUCAGAGCAACAUUUGUGCAAGACCUGCUGCUCACUACUUUAUUUGGAGACUAAAAAAUCAAGAUGAGCCAAAGAAACCGAUAGAUGCAUGGUAAAUCCUGGUGCAAAUUUGCAAAGAUAAGUGCACACUCCAAUUGCUGAAGGUAAUAUCCGUAGAAGAUAGGCAUGCUUCUGGGGCACCAGGCGUCGUUUCCUCCCGUAAAGCGCAGAGUUCUGGGCAUGGGGGAACCUAAAGUUAUUGUAGGCGGUCUGUAUCUUCAGUUCCAUUACAAUCCACGAUAUGUAGAUCGUGGCUGUGUUUGUAGCGCUUCUAUGUUUAGAAGCAUUGGUUUGUUGUACCAAUAUAAUAAUUAUGUUAUGCAACAGCAGAAUGCUAUGCAGUUUGUCUAUGUAUGUGGGAGCUAUAAACGAGGUAUAGAACCGUUUGCAUUUGCAAUAUGAGAAGUUCUAAGAUGCGACAUC